GUCUAAUUGCAACGCGUCGCGGCGCGUCUAUCCACUUCACGUACACUGACUUCCAUCAGUAAUGGCAAAACGCAAAGUCACUGUUGACAGCGAUGGUGAUGCUCUAGAUACUUCGUCUCAACACUCUAAGCGUGCCAGGACUGUUGAUAGCGAAGACGAGGUCGUUGUUGACAAUUCGCGACUUCGCAACAGGAAUCCUGCCAAAGGCAAAGGCAAGGCGCGUCAGGAGGAUAGCGACGAAGAAGAUGAAGAUGAUGAAGGUCCGAAUCAGGAGGAGCACAACGAGGAGGAGGAGCAACGCUUCGAAGAACUCAAUGGUGAGGCCAUUCGCCAGCGCCUCGAGCAGAAGCGCAACACGUUUGGUGGUAUCGCAGAACACGGAAUCAUCGAGUCUAUUGAAAUGCACCAUUUCAUGUGUCACACGCGACUUACUUUCACGUUUGGACCUCAGAUCAAUUUCAUCAUUGGUCACAAUGGAAGCGGAAAGAGUGCCGUCCUGUCCGCGAUCACAGUCGCACUUGGAGGAAAGGCGAACUCGACAGGACGCGGUAGUGGCCUGAAAUCUUUUAUUCGCGAAGGUCAACAGGCCUCAGAAAUCACCAUUUCGCUCAAGAACCAGGGCGAGGAAGCAUAUAAGCCCAAAGAAUACGGAAAAAGCAUUGUUAUCACGCGUAAAUUUACCAGGGACGGAUCUUCUUCAUGGAAGAUCAAGAGUAAGGACGGCAAGGUUGUAUCCACGAAAAGAGACGAGCUUUCGGCGAUUUGUGAUCACAUGAACAUACAAGUCGAUAACCCCAUGAAUGUCCUCAGUCAAGAUUCUGCUAGGCAAUUUUUAAGUGCCUCCCAUCCCGCCGACAAAUAUAAGUUUUUCCUGCGAGGGACCCAGCUAUCGCAGCUUUCCGAGGAAUAUGACACGUGCCUUGAUAACAUCAACCAGACCAAGAAGGUGUUACACCAGAAAAAACAAGUUCUCCCUGACCUACGUGCCGCAUUCAAGGAGGCAAGCGUGCGUUUUGAGGAAGCAAGCAAGGCACGAGAGCAGCGCUGCAAGGUUGAUGAGCUCAAGAAGGAGCUUGCCUGGGCUCAUGUUGCAGCGAAGCAGACGGAGAUGGAAGCCAAACUUGGGGAGGUUGCGAAGGCGGAACGCCGUUUGCCCAAGAUUGAGGCUGAGAUGAAGACAGCUGAGUCCCAAUUCCAACUCGCCUCCGACGCUGUAGAGCAAUUCGAGAAGGAGUAUUCCGAACUUGGCGACAUUGAUCACCUCACCAGGCAGCGCGACGAUUUCCAGGAAAAAAUGCGCGCCAACAGGGUCAAGAUAGGAAACUUCAAGAAUGACGAAAAACAGAUGAAUGCUUCUCUGACUGGUCUCAAUAAUGCCAUCGAGAACUACAUAAAAAAUAUCGCGGAAGAAGAGCGUCGCCUUGCUACAGACACACAAGUAAAACGAGACGAGCUCAACCGAAAACUGGAGUCCGCCAGAACAGCUGUCACGAACGCCGAUCAAGCACAAAAGGACUUCCUUGAAGCUAAGCGCCAAAAACAUAUUGAGCAGGACGGCAUUAAACAAAGAGGAAUGGCUGCCGAGGCCAAAAAAAACAGCGCUCAAGAGCGCGUUGUUGCAGCCCAGAGUAUGAUUUCUCAGUGCAAGGAAAGAGGGCAGAACGCACUUGCUCCGUACGGUCAAGACAUCAAGGGUGUUCUCGACCAGAUUGCGAAAAUGAGGUGGCAUGGGGAGGCUCCUAUAGGUCCCCUUGGCUUGCAUGUCAAGCUGAAGGACAUGAAAUUGGCAGAUCUGAUGAAAGUUCAACUAGGAAGCCUGAUGUGCGCGUUUGCAGUUACCGAUGCCAGGGACAGAGCGCAACUUAAGAGGUUACUCGACCAGACGAAGAACAACCACGUCAAUAUCAUUAUAUCUGAGCGUGACAUGUUCGACUACAGCGCAGGGGAGCCGCCCAAUAACAUUCCCACUGUUCUUAGGGUUCUGGAGAUCACAGACCCCUACGUCCUCCGCCUGUUAAUUAACCAAGCAAAUAUCGAGCGUACGGUCGUUGCGCCCAAGCGUCUUGAUGCUGACAACAUCCUGAAAGGGAUGAAUGGAGGGGGUGUAGCGUGGGCGGCCGAUUUCAUGCGCGUCCAUCGAUAUCCCGAAGGGGGUGGUCAGUCGAUCAAAUUGACCAGGAUUCCUCCCAAUGACCGCCGCAACAUGUUGUUCACGUCGAGUGACUCUGCCUCUGUGCUUAGCACCUGGGAGGAGAACUUGCGGAAUGCAGAGGGCGAGUGUCGGGCUGCACAAGCAGAAGCCACUCACCUCAGACAGGAGUUUCAAAACUUGGGACGCGAAAUCAAUGGAAUGACCGCACAAGAACGUUCCCUAUUUGAGGCCCACCGUGCUGCGAAACAAGAACUUGCUUCCCUCCAAGAGGAGGCAAAAGAAGAGAUGCCGGCUGAUAUCAUGGGCUUGCAGAGUGCCAAAGAUGAUGCGGAAGCGGAGAAGGCAAAUGUCAUCCAGCAAUACGAGGAUGCAAUCGGCAGAAGAACGGCUAUCGAUCAAGAGCAGAAUACCUUACUUGCGGAGUUCAACAAAGUCAAAGGCCAGAUCCAGAACUUUGAAGAAGCACGUCAGGGAGUUCAGAAAAAGAUCGAGGACGCUGUUACCAGCCGUCUUGAAGCCCAAAACAACACAAAUCACUAUAGAACGAAGCUCGAAGACGAAAGGAAAAAGAUCAAAGCCAUUGAUGCUAUUGCGAAACAGCUGCAGGAGGAGUUCAUAAACUGGACCACAGGUGCUGAAGAGUACUGCGAACGCGUCGAAAAUCCUCGCAAAGUCGACGUAGUGGAGCGCAAUCUCGAAUCCGUUCAAAAGGCACUCAAGGAACGGGAGCGCAGGCAUGGCGCAACGGUCGAGGAAAUGACAAUUGAGGUGAACAACGCGAAAGUUGUCCUGGACAACGCAGAAAAAGAUCUGAAGGGUCUAGCUGCUCUCAACAAUACUCUGAAAAGGUCGCUUCUUGUUCGCUUGAACCGCUGGCAAGAAUUCCGACGGCACAUUGCUCUACGAUGCAAGGUUGUAUUCCAGUACCAUCUUUCCAAUCGUGGGUACUAUGGAAAGAUUUUGUUCGACCAUGCCCUGCAAACGCUCCAACUGAAGGUUCAGACUGAUGAUCAAAUGGCCACGCAAGGGAGGGAUAAAGAUCCGCGGUCGCUGAGCGGUGGAGAAAAGUCAUUCUCCACGAUCUGUUUGUUGCUCUCGCUUUGGGAUGCAAUUGGCUGCCCUCUUCGCUGCCUAGAUGAGUUCGACGUUUUCAUGGACGCUGUUAAUCGCCGCAUCAGUAUGAAGAUGAUGAUCGACACUGCCAAUGCUUCGGACAAGAAGCAGUAUAUCCUGAUCACGCCCCAAGACAUGGGCAAUAUCCAUGUCGGUCAGACAGUCCGUGUCCAUCGGAUGAGCGAUCCCGAGCGCGGGCAGGGCAUUCUGGCGUUCACUUGACCUUUGGAGGCUGUUUGCUCUCAUGUUUUCUCUGGUCCCGAGCACGCGUAGACAUAUUCAGAUGAUACAUUAUUCGUCCCUUUUUAUUUUGGUCAUGCUUCUCGAGUACAGCGCUCCAUCCAACACUUAAGUCUUACAUAUGAUAUGCCAGCUAGUCAGAAACGCAGUUCAAUUGCAAUAUAAUGGUCAUGCCAGUGCUAAUAUACGAGGCGAUUUUUUCUUCUC